GCCAGUGCAGAUGAGAAUGAGUUCCGAGUGAAGUUUUUUGACAGCACAGUGCACCACUACAGCGUACCUCCGGAAACUUCCACACAGAUAUGCAGACAGAGAUGGGUGAAUGCCCUUACUGACCACAUAGCGUUCAGUAACCACUACACACAUCAGCCCCAGGUCAGCGAUGAUGAAGACCUGGAAAUACAACCACUGGGGAACAUGCAGAACGCACUACAGACAGCUCAUGCCCACCAACAAAUCCUGGAGAAGCAGAUUUCAGACAUGGCAGCUUUGCUGGAAGGGAUGGAGUUUAACAAGUCUACUGUCAUGCAAGGUUCCUCCGGACUGGUCACUCAGAAGAUGAACCAGCUGACAAACACUUCCAGGGACAUGUACUCUGCCAUGACCUACUGUCUGUCACUCAUCACACAACAGGAACAGGUACGGAAAGUCCGUCUGCAGCAGGAGAUAGAGAAGUCUCGUGUUCUACAGGACGCGCUGCACGCCCUCGCUACAGAACACCAUCAGCUGGAGACUAGUCUGUCCGUCUCACGUCCUCACACACUCCCAGGGUCAUUCUGUGACGCCAGUGAUGAUGAAUUCUAUGAUGCCUUUUCAGGAUCAGGAGGGUCUCCCAGGUCCUUUGUCAGCCUAGAGGAAGACAGCAGUUCCACAAGUAACAGUUCACAGUACGAGUCACUCAGACAUGCUCACAAACAUCAACAUCAGCAACAACAACAACAACUAGGAGGUGCUGCUCAGAUAGCCGAGAUGUCAGCCAGUGCAUCCAAAACUUACAGGAACUGUCUGCCUGCUCCUGCAUUUGACAAAGAUGACUUCAGUGUGUGGACUAUUCUCAAGCAGUGCAUUGGCAAGGAGCUGUCGAAGAUCACCAUGCCCGUGGUGUUUAAUGAGCCCCUGAGCUUCCUGCAGAGGUUAUGUGAGUACAUGGACUACUCCUACCUGCUGGACAAGGCCAGUGCUAGCGAGGAUUCUCUCGUCAGAUUGCAGUACGUGACAGCCUUUGCCGUGUCUGCAUGUUCCUCCAACGAACACAGACUGAGUAAACCGUUCAACCCUCUGCUGGGAGAAACAUAUGAACUGGACAGGCCAGACUUAGGAUUUAGAAUAGUAGCAGAACAGGUCAGCCACCACCCUCCUGUCAGUGCCUUCUACGCAGAGGGGAAACAAUGGCUGUUCCACGGCUCUGUUCAUCCCAAACUCAAGUUCUGGGGCAAGAGUGUGGAGAUCCAGCCUAAAGGGACAAUCACUGUAGAGCUACCAAGCCAUGGUGAGGUCUACACAUGGCAGAAUGUCAACAGCUGUGUUCAUAACAUCAUUGUGGGGAAACUGUGGAUAGAGCAGUAUGGAGAGAUGGAGGUGAAGAACCACAACACUGCCGAGAAAGUCAUCCUCAACUUCCGACCCAGCGGCUGGUUCGGCAAGGAGCUGCAUAAAAUAGACGGAUAUGUUUAUGACAAAGAGAAGAACAAGAGAAGAGCGCUGUACGGCAGGUGGACAGAGAACAUGUACAGUGUAGAUGUGGAUCUGUUUGAGGACAUGAGAAGGAAAGCCAAGGAGAAGAAGAAGGGUAGAAAAGAACCUUCCCCGUCUCCCACCAAGCUGUUCAGAAGAAAUGGUUCCUCCAGCAGCCCAGCUCAGGACAGUGUAGAUGGUGCGAUGGGUGUGGGAGAGGUGAGCCUGUUCCCAGUGUCUCCCUCUGAAGACCCAGACCAGCCCAGUCCGGAUGAUGAGCACAUGAAGGAGAUGUUAGAACAUCCUGACUCUGACCAACUGUGGCAGGUGUCGCCUCGCCCGGACCACUCUGAACAGGCAGAGUCUUCUGAAAACUAUCAACUUUGGCAGGCUGAAGCCAAAAGUGAGCAUGCUUCAAAGUACUUCCACUUCACCAACUUUGCCAUGACGCUGAAUGAGCUGAGUGAGGGAAUGGAUGAGAACCUCCCUUCCACCGACUGCAGGUUUCGCCCUGAUAUACGGCAUCUGGAGGAGGGAGACUUAGACAAAGCAGCCCAGGAGAAAAAUAGACUGGAAGAGAAGCAGAGAGCAGCCAGGAAACAGCGCAAUAAACAGAAGCAGCAGUGGACACCAAGAUGGUUCCAUCAAGGAACACACUCCCAGACCGGAGAGACAGGCUGGACCUACGCUGGAGGCUACUGGGAGAGGGAUUAUCAAUCUAAAGACUUACCAGACAUCUUCUGAUUAAAAUGUGAUGAACUUAUUCAUGAGAAGACAAGGCACUGCAGAUCCCAGCUCACUGCAUCAUAAUGUUGUUGUGAAGGUGCACAAGUAGUGAGUUACAGCAAUCAUAUUAAAAAGUUGUAAUUGUAGUAAGGUUUCCAGAAGGAAGAGUUCAUGGUAUAGAACUAGGUACAUGUACAUUGUAUUUAGAUGUAUGAAUAAGACUUUGAUCCAAUGCAAGGAAGAGUAUGGUACUGUGGUAAAUGAUCACCAGCAUGAAUAUUUAGCCAAAUAGGCACUCACUGGACUUGUUGGUCCAUGGAUUUUUGCAGGAGAUCAAAGAAAAGGGAGGGCAAAACUAUAACAACAACAGAAAAAAAAUGGGGUAACCUGUGGUCAUUGGAGCAGAACGCCUGUUCCAUUUGAGUCAAUGAAACAGAACGCAUGUUCCAUCUGGGGUCGUCCAUUUUGAUUUCCUGCAAAAAUUCAUGAACUAACAAAUUAAAUAGGUGUGGUGUAAUACUCUCACAUCAUGAUUGUAAUUAACAUCCAGGGGUAUAUAGAUAUAGACAUAAACAGUUUAGAACACGGCACAUGUGUCUUCCAGCAACAUGUAGAUAGCAUUUUAAUUGUAUUUUGUACAGUAGUAAGAUACUAGUACUUCUAUAGACUUGUAUAGACUUUAAAUGUUGUGUAAGUAAGAAAUAACUUAUUUGACACAUCACUAUCUUUGUUUUUGUCAAACAAACUAAAGAAAAGCUAUAUGUACAUGUAUGUAUGUUUCCAGCCUCAUAUUGGGCUGACACUGGUUUCAUGAUGGCACAGGUAUUUUCUAGUUGUGGAAGCAGAGACAAAAGUAGUAAAUAUCUAGCCUUCCAAAAUCAUAAAUGAAACAAAAAGUAGAAACAAAUGUAGAUCGUUUUCCCCCAAAUUAGUAUUUAAAGCCGUAUGGGAGAAUACUAGACAAAGAAGGUACUAACCAAAUGCAUUUCCUAAGAAAAUUCACCAUCAAGGGUAUGCCAUAUCUGUGGCAUAACUUAUAAUUUUAAAAGUAGAAAUGUUACAUAGAUCUAUUUCAUGGGAAAUAGCUUUACCAAUUUUUGUUGUUGUCAAAUGUAUGUGCAUAAUAAAACAAUAUGAAGCAUCUUCACUAACUUAAAGAUCUGAUUUAACUAAGCUUAAGACAUUUUGAGACUGUUCUUUUUUCAUACUUUUGUCAUACCAAAGAUUAUUAUUCUGUUGUUAAGGGAUUAUGGGGGCAAGAAUGCAAUUUUUUCCACCCACUAUAACCAGAGGACAGGAAAAAAUUAAAUAACCUGUUUGCACAUUCCAUCAUGCAAUUUUGCUUGUACAAUGUAUUUAUACUGAACGGUUUGCAAAGUUGUGUUUCUGUAUGGACUGUUUUCAUGUUGAAUUGUGCUUAUAAAUUUAAGUUUUUACUCAUAUUCAAGAUGUAUUUAAAGUGCAAUGUACACACAUUUCUCAUAUCAUCAUGAGAGGAAUUGUACAAGUUCCACAAUUAUUGCUAAAAAAAAGUUCUAUCAGGGAGGCAUUAAACGUAUGUAACGUAGAGCUUGCAUGGCAUAGACUACUAGUAGUACUGAGAUGGUGCAGCACAGAGCUAUGUGACUGUGUUAAAUCAAGAGAUUCCUCGUCAAGGGGAAAUUUGCUGUAGUCACAAUAGCAGGACACAAUGACAAAUCCAGUCAAGUCAAUGACUAUG